AUUGGCAAGACCAAACCGCACAGACAUAUGAAGCCUAACUUCUUCUAGGCUUCUCCCUCCUUUCAUCCCGCUCGCUUUCUCAACUCUCCUCCUUCUCCUUCUCCAUCUAGGAAGCCAACUUCCCAAAGAGAUCGAUCGGGUCGGCCAUGGCUGUCCCGAGGAUCGAAAACACGCUCUUCGGCCUCGCCUUUAUGACUCUUGUUCUGGCGGGCAUGCUCGCGGGCCCAUGCGAGGGUGAGCUUGAGAGGUUCGAGCACCCGACCAAAGCUGAUGGGUCUCUGAGUUUCUUGGUGGUGGGUGACUGGGGAAGAAGGGGAGGCUACAAUCAAUCUGCAGUUGCCAUCCAGAUGGGAGUUGUCGGAGAGAAGCUAGACAUCGAUUUCAUAGUCUCGACUGGGGAUAACUUCUAUGAUGAUGGGCUGACGGGCAUAGAUGAUCCUGCGUUCGAUGAGUCCUUCAGCAAAAUCUACACUGCAGAUAGCUUGCAGAAGCAGUGGUACAGCGUGUUAGGAAAUCAUGACUACCGGGGAGAUGUGUUGGCACAGCUGAACCCAAUCCUCGUAAAAUUGGACAGCAGAUGGCUUUGUUUGAGAUCUUUCAUUCUCAAUGCCGAUAUCGUGGAAUUUUUCUUUGUGGAUACGACUCCUUUUGCCGAGAAGUACUUCACAGAGCCGGAGGACCACGUCUAUGACUGGAGAGGGGUCCUCCCUAGGAAAAAUUACCUUUCGAAUCUCCUCAAGGAUGUGGAUUUGGCUCUGAGGGAGUCGAGGGCAAAGUGGAAGAUUGUGGUGGGCCACCACACCAUCAAAAGUGCAGGACAUCAUGGGAACACCGAUGAGGUUGUGACCCAGCUCCUUCCCAUCCUUGAGGCAAAUGGCGUUGAUCUCUACAUAAACGGGCACGAUCAUUGCUUGCAACAGAUUAGUACUUCUGACAGCUCGAUCCAGUUCCUGACUAGUGGAGGAGGGUCCAAGGCAUGGAGGGGAGAUAUCAGCUGGUUGAACCCAGAGGAGCUGAAGUUUUACUACGACGGGCAAGGGUUCAUGUCCGUCCAGAUGACUGAGACUCGAGUCGACAUUGCAUUCUACGACAUCUUAGGGAACAUCUUGCACAAGUGGGGCGCCUCCAAGGCCCUCUACUCUAUCAUCAACGAGAAUUCUCAUGUCUAUUGAAUUAGAGGAGAGAGGGACAGGGCAACCAAUGGUGCUGCGAACUAAUGAAAUGGGAAAAGGAAACGGGGAAGAAAUAAGUGUUGGCCUCUGAAGCUUAACUGGAAAGCUGUAUGGUGGAGGGAUGAGGCUGAAAUUUGUAUAUGUGGCAUGCUCUGCAAUUCUUAUGUCAAAUCGUCCAGAAUUAUCAUAUUGAAGAAUCGAUGCUCAUGCCUAUUAUCUUA